GCUGGAAGACCCGGCCUCCCGGGGGACAAAGGUGCCAUUGGGAUGCCUGGACGUGUGGGAGGAAAGGGCCAACCAGGCGAGAAGGGAGCCCCAGGAGAUGCUGGGAUGUCCAUCAUCGGUCCCCGCGGCCCCCCGGGUCAGCCGGGCACUCGAGGUUUUCCUGGAUUUCCGGGUCCCAUUGGGCUUGACGGCAAACCGGGCCGCCCCGGACCAAAAGGGGAGACGGGACCUCCAGGACAAAAAGGAGAAAAGGGUCAGUGUGGAGAGCACCCACACCGGCUGCUGCCUCUCCUCAAUUCAGUGCGGCUGGCUGCACCCCCAGUCAUUAAAAGGCGGACCUUCCAGGGUGAACAGGGCCAGGCCGGCAUCCAAGGCCCACCAGGGCCACCAGGCCCUCCUGGACCAAGUGGACCUCUGGGGCCCCCAGGACUGCCAGGGCCCAUGGGGCCACCCGGCUUACCUGGGCCUCCUGGACCGAAGGGAGACCCGGGGAUCCAGGGCUACCACGGCCGGAAGGGAGAACGGGGCAUGCCAGGGAUGCCGGGCAAACACGGAACAAAGGGGGCUCCUGGAAUCGCUGUGGCCGGGAUGAAGGGUGAGCCUGGGAUCCCAGGAGCCAAGGGUGAGAAGGGGGCUGCGGGCGCCCCUGGGCUACUUGGCCUCCUAGGGCAGAAGGGAGAAAAAGGUGAUGCCGGCAACUCCAUUGGAGGGGGCAGAGGGGAGCCUGGGCCCCCAGGGCUCCCUGGGCCCCCAGGGCCAAAGGGGGAAGCUGGAGCUGAUGGCCGGGCGGGCGCCCCAGGACGGCAAGGAGACAAGGGGGAGCCUGGAGCAGCUGGAGAACAGGGACCUGCUGGCCCCAAGGGCUCCAAGGGCGAACCUGGGAAAGGAGAGAUGGUGGACUACAAUGGAAACAUCAACGAGGCUCUCCAGGAGAUCCGGACACUGGCCUUGAUGGGGCCCCCUGGUCUUCCUGGGCAGAUUGGCCCACCCGGAGCUCCAGGGAUCCCAGGCCAGAAGGGGGAGAUUGGACUGCCCGGCCCUCCUGGACACGAUGGGGAAAAGGGACCUCGAGGCAAACCAGGAGAUGUGGGCCCUCCUGGUCCCCAAGGCCCCCCAGGAAAGGCUGGGCCUGCAGGACUGAAGGGAGAAGAUGGCCUUCCGGGGAACCCAGGAGAGAAGGGGGAGAAAGGGGAGAUGGGGCAGCCAGGCCCACCGGGUCUAGACGGCCCAACUGGGGAGAAAGGAGAACCAGGUGACCAAGGGAGACAUGGAGCGACCGGAUUGCCUGGCCCAAUCGGGCUCCCAGGAUUCACGGGAGAGAAAGGAGAACCCGGGGAGAAGGGUGACCCAGGAGUGGAGGUUCCUGGGCCACCAGGGCCAGAGGGACCUCCCGGACCUCCGGGGCUCCAAGGCAUUCCUGGACCAAAGGGGGAAGCAGGGCUAGAUGGAGCAAAAGGAGAGAAGGGCAUCCAGGGAGAAAAAGGAGACCGAGGUCCUCUGGGAUUACCCGGAGCUUCAGGUUUGGACGGCAGGCCUGGGCCACCGGGUACUCCAGGACCAAUUGGAGUUCCAGGCCCAGCGGGACCAAAGGGAGAGAGGGGCAGCAAAGGCGACCCUGGGAUGACAGGACCAACGGGAGCAGCUGGGCUUCCUGGUUUACACGGACCACCCGGGGACAAAGGAAACCGGGGGGAGAGGGGGAAGAAAGGCUCUAGAGGGCCUAAGGGGGAUAAGGGAGACCAAGGAGCGCCUGGAUUAGAUGCCCCCUGUCCAUUGGGUGAAGAUGGCUUGCCAGUCCAGGGCUGCUGGAAUAAGUGAUGCCUCUAACCUGGGAUUGGCCUGUGUGUGUGUUUGUAAAUAGAAUAUUUAUUUUUAUACAGUUUCCACUUUUUGAAAAUGCCCAAAGUAUGAUGCAUCUUACAGAUUAUUAAAAAAAAAAGGAAAGCCUGCAUAUUUUGUACAGAAAAUACCAACCUCUUCCCUUUUGUUUACAAGAUGUUUUGUAUACGUCUAAGACUCUAAUACACUUUUCGUUAGUGAGUACGGCUGUACGUUUGCAUGAUAUUUGUGCACACUUAUUAAGUAUUGAAGCUUAAUAAAUUAUUGUGUUCCAGUGCCAAAGGGGGCCAACCAGCACUCAGGUGCUGGCUAGUUUAUGUGUGACUUCAGAGAUACGUGGAGUUCCAUGGUGUUUGCUAAGCUAGGUGUGUCUCAGAAUAUUUUAAACUCUUAUGUUCAUUAUUAAAAAAAUUAAACAUGGCAA